CCAUGACAGUUUACGUCACAUCCGAUACAAACAACGGCGCGCGAAUUUUCUCCAUAGUUGGUAACAAAAGUGACUUGGCGACAUUAGAACGAACAACUGGGGUUGUUUGAGUGAUUUUGUGCCUUCCAGCCGCCUUGUAUUUAUGGUAAGAAGCUACAGAUACUAUGCUAGCCACGCUAACGUUGAGUGUUGUUUCAUUAGCAGUCAGUUAGCUAACGUAAACACACCGAGCAGCUAAGCAGGUUAGCUUGAUGUCACGGUACUGAAGUGAAACGACUGACUCGCUCCGGUUGCUGCCCGACGCCCGUCGUCCUGACAGCCGCCCUGACGUCGCUCCGGCGGCUGCUAGCGCCAUGUCCCAGAGCAACACUCCCCUCCUGGACGACGUGGUGCUGUGGAGUCAGGAAACGUGCCGCCAGCGGCUCUACGACGUCCUGCCCAAGCUCACCGCUCUGCAUCAUAGGUCUGAGAGCUGGGAUGAUCAUAUUCGUGUACUGAAGAUAAUCACAGACAUGUUCCUCCCUCACAUUGGUUUGUCAGAGCUGGAGGUCGAGUGCUUCUCCAAGAUCUUACCAAAGGUAGAGGUGAUGUUUCAGUGCAUGAUGAAAGAAAUUCAGGACCAAGUUGGAGGGCUGUCAAGCCAGAACACAGAACUGUGUACUUUACUAAGGAAUAUCCUGCAGGCAAUGAUGCAGAUAAUUGAUGCUCUGUCCACUUGCGUGCGUCAUGUUGGUUCGUUUGAGGAAGCCCCUGAGCUGGAUGCCAUCCGCUCAUUGCCAACCUGUAUCUUGAAAGUGCUGAGAGAAACUUUUCAUCACUGCAAGGAGAGUGAAGGGCUUUACUGUGGCCGUUUGUCUCUAGUGGCAGACCUGCUGCAGGGACUUUUCAAGGAGGCCUAUUCCCUUCAAAAGGGUUUACUGGAGCUUCUAGACAGGAUCUCCCUUGACAGUAAUGCCUCGGACGAGGAGAUCUCUGACAUUGUUACAGUGAUUCACAGCUUGCUGGAUAUUUGCCAGAUUAUCUCCAAUCUGGACAUAGCACUGCAUGCAAACACAUGGAAGUUCCUCAUCAAACUGAGUUUAAAGUACCAGUCAUCGGUGGAGGAACAUUUGAAUCACAGUGACAUCAGCACCAAAAUGUGUGAGAAUCUGCUGGCCUCCUUUCACAACUGUGUGGACCUGUGUGAACAGAUGAAACAUCUUGGUCUGCAGGGGACCACACAAAGUCCAGAAUACAAACUGUUUCAGAAAAAUGCAAAGAUGUGCAGAUUUUUUGCCAACACUUUGGUUCAUUACAUAAAGGAAUUCCAGUGUUUUCUAACAAAGUAUUGUAGCUGCUUUCACAAAGUCUACCUCCAGGUCACCAGUAAAUUUCCUCCCAGCUUAUGUGCUCCAUCACUGCCUGUGACUCUAUCUGAUGAGCUUAAUGCAGCCGCUCUGGUUCCCAUGAAUGCCUUCCUGCUCCAGCUGUUGCCUUUAAGGUCAUUUGCAGAAGUUGUCCUUCAGGACAAUCUGCAGUUAAGUCCUGAGCACAAGCUUCCUCAGUGUCUUUUGCUGGUCAGUGUUCUCAGUCAACUGGCCUCUCAACCAGAUGAGGUGCUGCAGCUUUGGUACAAUGGCAGCCAGUUCUCAGAAGAGACACCCAGGCUUCCUCUGUUCCAGGCAUUGUUCAUUAGCUUUCGUGAUUGCUGUACUGAGCGUAAGGUACCGGUGCUCUUGCCAGGGGUGAUGAUGAAGGGUCGCGCCCAGGUCCAGGUCACUCUGCAUCACCACGUCUGUGUGCACAUCUGCGCCAGUGUGGCUGCACUUUCUCCAGUGUACUUUCCUGUGCUGGAGCGCUGUUUGAUUGAGGCUGUGCUGCAGGCUGAUACGCAGACAGCUUUACUGUCAACAGAUGUGUGGUGCUUCGCCGCACGGUUUGGGACUGCAGAACUCUGUCUGCACCAUGUGCUUCUCGUUGCUCAGCUGGUGAAAACCUGCCCCCCCGAGUGUUACCAGGCUUUCCACCUAGGCCUGCUGCUCAGACGCAUGGUUUUUCUCAUGACAUCAAAUCACCAGAUGGAGCUGGUGAUGCAUUACCCACCAUCAGAGGUGGAAAACCUGUUAGUGUGGCGCCAUGUUGUCCUUAGAGCCCUGUCACCAGAUGCUCGUCGUCAUGUCGAGACUGAAAUCCUUGGUCUUACUCACAAAGUUGUGACUGAAUGGCAGAAUGACGGGCACAAACUCGGGCAAGUGAAUGGAUUGGGGGCGCUGCUGGCCCUCCUGGUGGUGGUUCAAGGUCAGCCCUCCGAUGAACAAUGUGUGUCAUCUGCAACGAGGAUAGUCUCACAGCUCUGGUUGCGAAUGAGUCCAGACCAGGUGCAGACCCACACCGUGCUACAGCGCACUCUGCAGCUGCUUCUGUCGAUAUCAGCCAAUUUAGUGAAGACCAUCGAACCUCAAGUCGUUUGUCAGGCUCUGUUGUGUGUGGAUGCUCUGGUGUCUCAGAAAUGUCCAGAUCAGCUGUUGUUGGCUGCUCUGGAGUUCCUCUCCUCCCUGGGGAAGGUCUUUGUUCCUCUAGACAAACAGAGUCAGAUUCUGCCAAGGUUGAGUAGCCUGUUUGGAGCCUUGCUGGCUGACGAGUCCUGGCUUCUACAUCAUCAUGGCUUGGAGGCCUUUUCUCAUUUUGCAGAGACUACAAACCACGAAGAGGUCAUUUCACAGAGUUUAUGUGUAGAAGAAACCAAGACCAAAGUGGUGAAUUAUCUUAGUAAGAUUGUGAAAGCAGAGGAAAAUGUGGAGACACGGCUCAAGAGGCUCCAACUGGAGACGUCUGUGACUGAGCAACACACUGACAAGUUGGAAAACAACAACAAGGAGGAUGUUCCUAACAAACCAUCUGAAGCUGCUGCUGAGCCAUGCCCAAAGAGAGCUCGGCAGGAGACCAGCACAGAGGAGUACAGCCGCUACGUCCAGACAGCUGAGAGUGCUUUAAAAGCCCUUCAAGAUCUAACCGAGGGCAGAGCCAACACUACUUCACCACCUCCAGAGUGGCUACAGUCCAGACUGCAGAAGCUGCAGACCCUCAUAACCCACAUGAUUACAGCCAGACCCACAACCUAGUUUACUCAAUGUCCUUUCCAAACCCAACUUUGUUUAACAGGGUGGCUCUGAGGAUGUAUUUAUGCAUAACUGUAUGUGCAAAUGUUUUGAAAUUGUUUAUUAAACUUUUGAAUACAUAGGUUUUUAUUAAGCCUACCUGAUAAUUCCUCUGAUAGCUGCCUUUACUAAGUCAGAGGCCUUUCUGUUUGUUUAAAUCAUCUAGUGGUAGUAGGACAUAAGAGGCCCAUGUUUGAUACAGUAAAAUCUUUA